AUGCGGGGUCCUCUGUCUGCUUGGCUGGUCAAACAUGGGCUAGUUCAUAGAUCUUUGGGCUUUGAUUACCAAGGAAUAGAGACUUUACAAAUAAAGCCCGAGGAUUGGCAUUCCAUUGCUGUCAUUCUAUAUGUAUAUGGUUACAACUAUCUGCGUUCCCAAUGUGCCUAUGAUGUAGCACCGGGCGGGCUUACCACUAGGCGGCAUAGAGGAAGAAGCACUACGCUUAGGAAUCAACAACACGAAAACUUUGCUAUAAUUUCCCUUUUCCUUAUUGGGAUCGGGACUAAGAAGAAUGGUUGGGACAACAAAUAUCCAUCUCAUUCGUGCUUUGGAUACCCAUAUAACCAUCGAAGACUGUUGAAGUGACUAAUUCCUAGAAAUUAAGGGAUGUUGAGGACAAAGAAAUUGUUGGAGUUAACGUAACAUUUUUCUAUUUUUAUAUAGUACCAACAUCUUGGAUGUUAAGAAACGAUCUUUUGCAGGAAGGUUGGCUAGAGAUUUCUUGUAAAAACACUAGCCCCGCUCAGUUCAUAAUGAGAAUAUUUCACUCCUUUUUGAUUCUAUGUAUUAGGCUUAUUAUGCACAUUAAGGGAGGAGCCGUAUGAGAUGAAAACCUCACGUACGGUUCUGGAACGGAGAUUCUUUGAAUCGAAUAACGACCGUAACGGAUGUCUGCUCAAUCCGAAGGAAAUUAUGCGGAAGCUUUACAGAAUUAUUAUGAAGCUAUGCGACUAGAAAUCGAUCCCUAUGAUAGAAGUUAUAUACUCUAUAAUAUAGGCCUUAUUCACACAAGUAAUGGAGAACACACAAAAGCUUUGGAAUAUUAUUUUCGGGCAUUAGAACGAAACCCUUUCUUACCACAAGCUUUUAAUAAUAUGGCCGUAAUCUGUCAUUACGUGCGACUAUCUACACUAUAGAAAGAAAAAGGAAAGAAAGAGCAAAAUCAAAAAUCUACUAGUAAAAAAAAAAUAGGCUUUCUACAUAUGGCAUCGUCCAAAACAACGAUUUUUAUCAGCUGUAGCAAAGAAAGAAACUUCAUAGAAAUCGAAAUAUGAAAAAAGAAA